AUGUCUCACUCUCACGUGAACAGUGACUCGAUACCAGUCAUCGACAUCUCGAGACCGAGUGAUGAAAUUGCCCGCCAAGUGCUCGACGCAGCGUCAACCCAUGGCUUCCUGUUCAUCAAGAAUGAUGGCGUGACAAUUCCGCCAAAAGACAUUGACGACAUGUUCAAGCUGUCCCGAGACGUCUUCAGUCUACCCAAAGAGCAAAAGUCCGAAUAUGCAAUCCACUCAGACAAAGCCGGUGGCAUCAACCGCGGCUGGGUCCAGAUGGCCGGCGAGUCUCUCGACCCAGCAGGGCAGAAGGUGAAGACCAAAACUGCACAUCCUGACCUCGAGCCUCUGACAUACCAAUAGCAAGGCGACCCCAAAGAAGCCUUCAACAUCGGCCCUCCACAACCACACCUCCAACCCCUCCCCUCCCCCCUCUCCACCUCCUCAGACCUAAUCCUGCGCUUCCAAAACGCCUGCCACAAUCUCUGCACCUCCAUCCUCUCGCUCCUGGGCCGCGCACUCGAGACCCCGGACCCAACCUACUUCGCCUCGCGGCACGACCAGUCCCGCGGGCCAUCCGGCACCAUCUUCAGAAUGCUGUACUACCCGCUUAGCAGCUCGACAGCAGAAGCCGCGCCGCGCAUCCGGGCAGGCGCACAUUCCGACUACGGCUCGCUGACGCUGCUGUUUCGCCUCCCCGGCCAACCAGGCCUAGAGCUCUUCUCUCCCGCCUCGCAGUCCUGGGUCCCUGUGCCUGUGAACCCGUCACCCGCAACACUGGCCUCGCCGCCUAUCCUCGUGAACAUGGGCGACCUGCUGAGUUUCUGGACUGGUGGGAUGCUGAAGAGCACUGUGCAUCGUGUGACGUUUAGUGGUGGGGGCGAGCGGUACAGUAUGGCGUAUUUCUGCCAUCCGUUGGAUGGGGCGCGGUUGGAGAGGGUGGAGAGUAGGGUGUUGGCGCUGCGGGACGAUGCAAAGGGGAAGGAGGAGCUCAGGAGUCAGAGGAAGAGAUUGGGGUUGCGAGAGCAAGGGGACGAGGUGCUGACAGCGAAAGAGCAUUUGGAUCGGAGGCUGAAGGUUACGUAUGGCUUGUGA